UCACAGAAGAGUCACGCUGAUAUUGCUCCUGGUUGGGUUGACAGCUGCCAGCCACACCAAGGAAGCAGAGGACCGUAGCAUCAACAAGUCUGCGGAGGUGAAAGAUGAGUCCACCGAGAAUGUGUCAGUUGACGCUGGCAGAAACACCCGUCAAAUUCAUCAGAGUUACAGACCCUACAACAGGGCACUGCCCGUCCGUGCAAGUACACCGUUCUCAGUGUUUGCUGCCCUGGCCCACCUUCACUGGCUCCCACAUCGCCAGUAACCUGGUGCAGACCGGAAGUCCUAACAUACCGACAUUCCAGGCUUCUGGUGGAGUCGUGUCGAAAGCAGUGGUAGAGUACAGUCCACCCCGCACCCCGGCACCCACCCAGCCCUUCAUCGCCCACCCCGGGGUGGGCAUUCGACCUCAAGUAACCCCUGUACCUCUCCACCUCAAGCCUCUCCAGCAACCUUCAUACUCUUACGGAGCUCCCCAAAAGAAGCCUAAACAUGGGAGGGAGUGUCCUAGUGGUCUGAAGUGUGUACCACUGGUGCGUUGUGCACCUUGCUACCACCAGGUGGAGAACCAGCCACAGCUUGCUUGUUCCAUCUAUGGUGGUGCUGUGGGAGUCUGCUGCCCUGAACUACACAACGAGGAAAACCUGCGGCAGUUGUUCACUGAGCCGACAAUUGAGCUUCCUGAGCUAGGCUUCAAUGAAUUCACCAUCAACGAAGCCUUGAAGGUCGGCGUCUGGGAGCUGAAGGAGAGAAGAAUGCUGGAAGAGGUGUUGCGGGAACGGGACAUCGAGGUAACAAAUACUCGUGACCCAGCUUACCACCAUCUUCAGUUCUUCAGGACAUCUCCACUAGCUCUUGAGCUUAACGAAGUCGCCUAUGUCCACAACCAGGCUGGAUACAGCCUAAUGACCAAGUUUGAACUGAGCCCCCUGCAGGCUGGGUAUGGUCUGCAGCAGAUCGACGUGACCGAGACCAGGCUCGCCAACACCUGCCCGAGGGACCCCGUAUGCCAAGAGAGGGACACCUACUACCGCAGGAUCGAUGGCGCCUGUAACAACCUGGAGAACCCUAUGUGGGGCCAGGCCAGAACAACCUUCCAGAGACUACGUCCUCCCUACUACAGAGAUGGUCUGGCACAACCUCGGGUGAGUCAGACUGGUGCCGACCUUCCAUCAGCCAGACUGGUGUCCACCAGUAUCGUCAGUGACAUGGAUAAACCCAGCUUACACUUCACCGUUUCUAUGAUGGAGUGGGGUCAGUUUAUCGACCAUGAUCUUACACACACUCCCAUUAACAGGCUGGGUAAUAACAGUGGAAUCCAGUGCUGCUCUAGUGAUGGUCGUAGCUUCAUCCAGCCUCCCUUCGUCCACCCUUCUUGCUUCCCCAUUGAGAUCCCUGCCAAUGACCCAUUCUUCGGUAGAAGCGGUCGCCGCUGCAUGAACUUCGUCAGGUCUAUGUUUGCCCCCAGGAACUCUCCAUGCACACUAGGAUAUUCUGAGCAGAUGAACCAGGUCACACACUUCCUGGACGGGUCUAACAUCUACGGGUCCAGCGUCUCUGAAGAGCAGCAGUUGAGAGCGUUCCGUGGCGGCUUACUGAAAGUGCAGGAGAGUGACCUCCUCCCAGCUGAUGUGCACGUCAUGGAGUGUGAGACCAUCAGAGAAGGAUUACCUUGUUUCAUGGCUGGAGACAACAGGGUGAACGAGCAGGUAGCGCUUGCUGUCAUGCACACUGUGUGGGUGAGGAUACAUAACCGUAUAGCCCGGGAGCUGGCACGCCUCAACCCACACUGGUCAGACGAGACUCUCUACCAGGAGACCAGGAGGAUUGUGGUGGCCCUUUACCAGCAUAUUAUCUACAAUGAGUGGCUCCCUAAUGUACUUGGCAAGGACUACAUGGCUGCCAAUGGAUUGCUGCCCCGCCGAGGCGGAUACUCUCGGGACUAUGACAGGAGCCUCAAUGCAGUUAUUCUGAAUGAAUUUGCUACCGUCGCUUUCCGCUUCGGUCACACCCUCGCCCAAGGCAUGAUUCAGUUGGUGGGCAAGAAGGGCAUGUCAACAGGACUUCUGCCGCUACACGAGAACUUCAACAACCCGCGGCAGCUGUACACGCCAGGACGGCUGGACGAGUUCCUCCGAGGAAUCGCCACACAACCCGUCCAGAUGUUUGACAGAUUCGUCACUUCCGAACUCACUAACAGACUCUUCGAAACUCGGGAAGUACCGGCAGGUAUGGACCUGGUGGCCCUUAACACCCAGAGAGCCAGGGACCAUGGUAUUGCCCCUUACAACGAUCUAAGGGAAGCAUGUGGACUUCCUAGGGCACGCACGUUUGAGGACCUGCUUGAUGUUCUUCCUGCAGAGGUGGUGCAGGCGUUUAGCCGCCUCUACUCCUCAGUGGAUGACAUUGACCCCUUUGUGGCUGGCAUCUCAGAGAGGCAGGCACCUGGCUCCAUCCUUGGACCCACCUUCAGGUGCAUCAUUGGUGACCAGUUUACCCGGCUGAAGCGAGGAGACAGAUUCUUCUACGACUUGGCAAAUAUGCCCAGUUCAUUCUCUGAAGCACAACUACACUCCAUCAGGAUGAUAUCCUGGGCCCGCAUCAUCUGUGAGGCUGGCAACAUGGUAGGCUACGUCCAGCCCCUGGCCUUCAGACAACCCCGUGGCCUGAAUGAGAGAGUUCCCUGUGACAGUCCUGCCAUCCCAUUCUUGGACCUCACGCCCUGGAUCUCACAGGCUUAGAAAUAUGAAGAUAAGACAAGAGAAGACAAGGCUCCUGUUACCCACUAAGUGAUAUAACAAAGCGUAUUCUUGCUCACUGUCGAGCACAGCUCACCCGGCACCCUCAUGGAAGUACUAUCAUACAGACACCCAUCUUACCAGUAUUCAACGAUGCCAUCACCAAUUCAGUCACUUGACUAAUGAUGUAAUAAACAUAAGUUGCUGUCUUCCUCAGUGAGUUCUCCACGGCUGCCACCUCUCCACUAUACUGUAAAACAACGUAGCGUCUCUCAUUAUUAUUUAGGAGCUAAUUUUAACACGCUUGUGUCUGCACUACGGCUAAAAUAUACAUUUCUUCUUUAAAUGUUGAAGCUACCAGGAUUAUUAGCACCUUUAACCUUGCCUCUUAAAGCACUAAUUGUCGGGAAAGGUGUAUUAAAUAAUACACCUUUCCCGACAAGACUCCUACAGCUCCCAACCCACCACCAUCCUGAGAAGACGGAAACAGAAGAGGCUAGAUUACAAGUCACUGUUGCAUUGUUAAAACAAAUACCAUUUCACACUGCGGUACAAACAAAAAAGCCUACAACUAAUUCUUUAAGAAAGACAUUUUUUUCAGAAUUGUUCUAUCUUAGGAAGGUUCAUUUCACUGCAAGUCUCUACAGAGACCUUCUCCCGUCCCACCACAAAGCCAGAGUGUAACUCUUGACUCCAGUUGCUGUUACCGCAACAAAAAAUGCGGUACAGUUAUUUUAACUUUAUUCAUUAUUACUUUUUUAUGUAAUUUUAUUCUAUAAGUGUGAGAGUAGUCAGGAGCUACCAGAGCUUUUGACUGAGACUGUUUUGUGUAGUAGAGCAGUGGUAGAGGGGUACAUGUCUACCAUCCAUCCAUAACAGCUGUACUGAUAGAUGUCUAACCUCCCAUCCAUUACAUAGAACAGUGCUAUAUCUCGUUUACUCCCCCUCUAUCCAUUGCAUAUAGUGGUAGAUGUUGUCUACUUUCCAUCUAUUACACACAGUAGUGGUAGAUGAUGUCUACCUUUCAUUCAUCACAUAUUGUAAUGGUAGAUGAUGUCUACCUCUCAUUACAUCGUGUAGUGGUAGACUUCUUGCACCAUCACAUAGGGUAGUGGUAGAUGAUGUAGAGGUAGAUGACGUCCAUCUUCCAUUCAUUACUUUGUAGUGGUAGAUAUUGUCUACCAUCCGUUACACAGCGCAGUAGUAGACGAUGCCUACCUACCAUUCCUAGGUGGUACACAAGUGGUGAUAAAGUGGCUAUAGAUCUAAGAACACUCCCCAAGGGAGGUUCCUCCUUGAUGCUGGUGAUUGGUCCUCGAUCCAAGGGUUUGGACCUACCUUCAUGGUACUCGGCUUUAACAAAAAAAAAAAAAAAGACUACAAAUCACUCAGAACAAAAUGGUGAGACUCAUCCU